GUGAACCAAGAUUUAGUAUUCUAAUAACAGUAAAUAUAUUUAACAUGGCUACAUCUAGUGAUACAGAACCCAGGCCGAGCAGAAUAAGAUCCAGGAGAGUGUCUUAUCUGGGGCUACUGGAAGAAGUCACAAGAAAUACUGUAAAACUGAGUCAAGAACAGAAACAGAGACUUGAUGCAUAUGUGGCAGCAGGAUAUGAUGUAGCUAAGCUGCAAUUCAGUGAUGCUGAUGUUAAAAACCAGAAAGACCAUGUAGAGCACAUUGUGAAGACACUUGUUCAUGAACUAGGAGAACAUUUUCCAGCACUUAAAGUUAGGAAACAACUAGGGACGGGAAGUUUCUACAAUAACACAAGGAUAUUGAGUCCAGAUGAGUUUGAUUAUUUACUGAUAUUAUGUCUGACCAGCCAAGUAGAGAAGGAAGAGACUGGAAAUGAUUCUGUAAAAAUAAAAGUUAUCGAUGAAUCAUUAAGAAAGUAUAUGAAGAAGUAUUUGUCAACCUAUAGUGACAACCUAUCAGGGCCACUUCUCACAGAUGACAAUUUUCUACAAUCAGAACAAUUUGUAGGUGUACUUAUAAACACAAUACAUGAAUGCCUAGAGCAGUUACAAAAGAAAGGUGUCAUUAGCUACAAGGGAAAACAUGUUUUUGAACACUCUAUUGACACUUUGAAAGCACAAGACACAAUGUUGGAGUAUAACAUGUUGAAAUAUGCAAAACCGGAAUACCAACCUGAUGAUGAAUCAUAUAUUCCAGAACUGUCUCUACAUGAUGUAAUUCUGGAUGAAUUACCACACGGAGCAGCAGUGCGUCUAAGAGUACAAGGUCCUCUAGGCCCAGCUGACAUCGACCUGGGCUUUUGCAUUGAAUCAUCAACGACAGGAGCUGGUCGGUAUAUUUCUAUACCACUGGGAAUGGGUAAUGAGUGGGUGCCAUCAUUCUACCAGAAUCUUAGUCACCCCAAAUUGAAUGAACAUCAUGGAAAGAUCCUUACAUUCCUUAAGUAUCUUCUCAGAGAGUGUAAGCUAGUAUCCAAUUACACAUUCAACUCUCACAACCUUAAGACAUGUGUAGUAAUCCACCAGAAGGUAUGUGAACAAAAGCAAUAUGAUAAGGACAGAUCACUUGGAGGAUGUCUCAUUGAUAUUGCUUUUUACAUGUUUGAAAAACGUGGAAAAAUUUGGAAAACUUUUGAUGAAUUACUCAUACCAUAUAAAGAGGAGUGCACAUUGCCGAACAUCAACUUCCCAGGUGAGACUGUGACAGCUUGGAUACCAUGGCAACCACUGUGUUGAUUGAGAUGGUUAAGGACGCACAGAUUCCUCGUUAUAGACCACAGGUUGGUUCUGGCUGAGCUACUUGCACAGGAGAAGGCAGGAAUGAUAUAUACGCGUGCGACAACAGGGUUUAAUGAUGAGAAGGUUACUCAUUGCCCUUUACACAUACUAGAAAAAAUGAAAUCUUAUAUCACACUACCAACUCCACAAAUGGAAUAACUUGAAUAAUGCUUAUUCAUUGCAAUAUUCAAAACAAGCCAUGGUACCUGGAUUCAUAACAAGGACAUAUGAAUACUGUAUCACAUUCACUUGAGACAUAUUUAAAGUGAACUUGUGUUAUGAUGGCUCCAUAUUUUGAUAUGGUCACAAAAGAUAGUUCAAGAUUAAAAUUUGAAGUGGACCUUUCACUCACUUCCUAAAUAAUGUAUAUUUGAAAAUGUUAGUACAUGUAUAUGGAUAUUUUAUAUUGGCAUUGCCAUGAAUUGGUGACAUAUUGUAUAAAGUAUAAUUCACUUCUUACUCAAAACUAAUGCACAUUAACGAAAUGUAUUGGACUUUUACCAUUUCCUUAAGCUUAUUAUUUAGGCUAUCAACAAGGCAGCAAAUAGUGUAUCACUCUCCCCUUAAAAUUCUAGUUGUA